UGCAGGAAAAAGACCAAUAUGGCAAUGAAGUUCAACGUUUGGCGCGUCCUUUGCCAGUCGAAUAUUUGCUAGUGGAUGUACCCGCCUCAACACCACUUCAGCCGCAAUUCACAUUCACUCAAUACAAGAAACGUGGUGAACCAUUCCCCGUGGAGAAUCGUUACCUGGAUGGACAUUUGCAAGAUUUUAGUGCGCUAAGCACGUAUCUAUCCCACUGGACGGAUGAGGAGUUUCUCGAGGCAAUUUCAGAUUUUCAUUUGUUGCUGUUUUUGUAUAGAAUGGACACGGUGCCAUUGCGUACACACAUGGGCCCACUGUUGGAGGCCGUACGCACCAAAAAUACAGAUUUGGCAUACAGCUUUAAGGCUAGCGAACCAUGGAAGCUGCUGGAGUCGCUAAUACAAGCGAGCACUGGCGGUGUUAGCAGUGGUCCCUCUGCUAGCAACACAGCUGUUGCGUCUAACGCCAGCUCUGCCGCGGCUGCUGCCGGUGCGAACAAUCAAUGGCAAUGUAAUCAUUGCACCUUCAUCAAUCCUGGCGAAUUGAGCUCGUGCGAGAUGUGUUCGCUGCCCAGAUAAGCGCACAUUGCUCUGCGCCUGUUUACGCCGUCAUUUGCCUCCUUGCUGCCUGCGCGGUGGUUGUCCUCGUGGGCAAAAUCUGCUGACUGGCUGGUGUUACAUUCAGCUAAAGGCACAUGGGUGUAGCAGAAUUGUUGAUUGGCAUGAUUUCAUUACUUCAUUUAAAUUAUAAACACAAAAAAGAAAAAAAUAAUAAUAAAAAAUAAAAAAUUAAAAUUUACAGCAAAUAAGCAUAUGAAGAGCAUAAUACUAUGUACUGUAAACUUUUCGUAAUAUUCUCAGAUUAUUUCUAUGUAAUUUAUUUAAAAAAUAAAUUUUAAAUGUUGCGUAGUANGG